AAGCAUAUAUCUUCACCUCCCAACCUUUCACCAUUGAGUGUCUCGCACACUCCUCUCUUUCCUUCCAUCAACUGCCCCUUUUCUUCCUGUCAUCAUGCGCUUCUCCUUCCUCUCCCUCCUCCUCGCCCCUGCUCUAGCAGCAGCCGCCGACCCCACCACCACCUACGACUACAUCGUCGUAGGCUCCGGUCCCGGUGGCGGUCCCCUUUCGGCUGAGCUCGCCCGCGCCGGCUACUCAACCCUGCUAAUCGAAGCCGGCACCGACCAAUGGGACAACCCGACCUACGCGGACAUCCAGAACUUCAACGAGGCCGCCAACGACGAGACCACGCGCUGGGACUUCUGGGUCAAGCACUCGGACGAUGCGGCGCGCGACCUCAAGUUCAAACACACCACCUGGGACACGGGUGACGGGACCUUUUACGUCGGGUUGGACCCGCCCGAGGGCGCCAAGUUGCUGGGGAUUCAGUACCCGCGUGCUGCGGUGUUGGGCGGGUGUGCGAUGCAUAAUGCGGGAGUGGCGAGUCUGCCGGAGGAUGAUGAUUGGAAUCGGAUUGUGAAUUUGACGGGGGAUGCGAGUUGGGAGGCGGGGAAGAUGAGGGAGUAUUUGAAGAGGAUUGAGAGGAAUGAGUAUGCGGGUGUUGAUGAUGCUACGCAUGGUCAUGAUGGCUGGCUGGCAAUCUCCAACACCGACCCCUCCUGGGCCAAAAACGACAGCAACCCAGCCGUCAAAAUCAUGAAGCGUCUCGCCCAACUGACCGGCCAAGACCCGUCCCAAGUAGCCGACCUCGCCAACACCGACCUCCUCGGCGACUUUCCCAACCGCGACACCAUGUCCUCCUUCUUCAACAUGGCCACCCACUCGGACAAGAACGGCAAGCGCGCCAGUCCCAACAACUACAUCCGCGCCACCCUCGCCGACCCCGCCAAGUAUCCCUUAACCGUGAAACUCAACACGCUCGCCACCAAAGUUUUGUUCAACACCACCACGGGUUCCAAACCCCGUGCAAUCGGCAUCGAAGUAAUGGAAGGUUCCUCCCUCUACCGCGCCGACCCCAAACACAUCCCCGGCACCACCGCUCCCAAGGUCCACCGAUACUUUGCCAACCGCGAAGUCAUUCUCUCCGGCGGCGUCUUCAACACGCCCCAACUUUUGAAACUCUCCGGCAUCGGUCCCGCCACCGAGCUCCAAAAAUUCAACAUUUCCGUAGUUGUCGACUCCCCCGGCGUAGGCGAAGGUCUUACCGAUAACUACGAAGGUUCGGUCCUCGGAUUAGGCAAAGUCCCCAUCGAAUCCGGUCUGAUCACCAUCCUCUUCCGCACCCCCAACGCGCCCACGGCCAAGAGGAAUAUCUACGCUUGGUGCGGCGCCUUCAGCUUUGAGGGGUUCUGGCCUGGUUAUCCGACUUAUUAUGGUGCUGAGCAGUUUAGUUGUGCCAUGGUGCAUGUUAAGCCUCGUUCUCAAGACGGGAGCGUUAGGUUGACGUCAGCCGACCCGCAAGACAAGCCCGAGAUAAACUUCCGCUUCUUCGAACACGGCGGGGAUGAAGAUCUCUCUGAACUCGUCUCCGCCGCCAACAUUUUGCGAGAGAGUUGGCAAGCGGCUGGGGAGGAGGUCCUGCCUUUUAACGAGCUCCAUCCUUGCCCUUCCUCAGAAUCCAACAGCACCUGUUCGGAGGCGCAACAGGCCGAGUUUUUCAAGACGCAGGCUUACUCGCAUCAUGCGACUUCGAGCUGUCAGAUUGGUGCCGAGGGGGAUGAGAUGGCCGUAUUGGAUUCCAAGUUUAGGGUCAGAGGGACGGAAGGGUUGAGGGUCGUGGAUGCGAGUGCGUUUCCGAAUGUGCCGGGGUUUUUCCCGAGUGUGCCGACUAUGAUGAUUAGUGUUAAGGCGGCGGGGGAUGUGUUGGCGGCGGCGAGGGAGGCGGAGGCGGAUGCGGAUGCGGGAGUUGGGAAGUAAAGGGGAGAUUAUGGGGUUGAGGAGUGGUGAUGGGGAUAUUGUUGUGGUGUCAAGUAUGUUGAGGCUGCCGGUCAUGGUUUGUGCCUACUAGUCGUUGAGAGGGAGGGGGGAGAGGAUCGAUGUGUGGGUUGGGUGCCGUGGCCGACCUCAACCUCGUCUUCCUGGAAAGCAUCCAAUUCAACCCGAUCAUGAACACACUUCGCCUUUCUUUGUCACGAUGGAUUAAGGCGCCGAGGGCUGAUGCGGACAAGUGACGAGGGUUGAGGUUGAGAG